AGAGCUACCCCGCCUCAUAUGCUACCGUCAGACGACUGAGGAGGCAGAGGGGAUGGGUUCUUAUUUAGAUAAAGUUUUUGCCUUCUCUAAAGAAAGGGGGAAAUCGUCCUACGAGUGCUGAGAGCCUCAUUGACGUUGAUACUUAGAAAAGGUCAUACCACCUCUUUCGCGGCGAGACUCGGUGAUUGUAUAUUGAUUGUUGAACCAGAGGACUUUUAGAAGAUUGUUUUAUUCAUUUGGGAUCGGAUCCUAUUCAAGCACUGCGAAGAUGAAGUUCACCGAGGGGAUGUGGCGCCUGCGGGAAGGCAUUCGAAUUGACUGGAUGAACAAUGUCGAGAGACUGCAAGUUGAGAACGAGAAAGUAAACCUGCUCCUGAAUAAGUUCCAGAGGCAUCGUGGCGACACGCUUAACUCAGCGACCAUCUCUGCAAGUGUCACGUCUCCAUUAGAAGGUAUCAUUGGCGUCAAACUCGUCCAUUGGGCAGGACAAGUUGACAACGGUCCCCAUUAUCAGCUAAACUCAUCUACCGGUCACACAAAAAUCGAGCAUGAGAAAAGCUUAAAAUUGAACUAUGGCAGCGGCCCUUUACACUUGGCCAUCAAUACAGCGCCUAAUGAAUUAGAUUUUGUUUUCACGGGUGCCAAAGGAAAGCUCACUGGUCACUCGUGGAGAUCCAUCGGUUAUAUAGGCGAUCAAACCACAGAGAAGUCCCGAUGGGAUGAUGGGAUCUUCUUUGAACGUCAGGGAUACAUGCUCGCCGCGUUGGAUCUCGGCGUUAGCGAAAAGCUAUACGGUCUUGGAGAGAGGUUCGGUCCAUUCGUCAAGAACGGACAGAGUGUUGAUAUUUGGAAUGAGGAUGGAGGCACAUCAUCUGAACUAACAUACAAAAACAUCCCGUUCUACAUUAGUUCAAAGGGCUAUGGUGUCUUUGUGAACAAUCCAGGCAAGGUCAGCUUGGAGUUGCAGUCAGAGCGAACUACCCGAGUCAACAUUUCGAUUCCCGGGGAGGAAUUGGAGUACUUUGUUGUCUAUGGGAAUACGCCCAAGGAUAUCAUUAGACGAUAUACAGCUUUGACUGGACGUCCUAGCUUGGUUCCAUCCUGGAGUUACAACCUAUGGCUCACUACCAGCUUUACGACAAACUACGACGAGCAAACCGUCACCGGUUUCCUCGACGGCUUCCGGGAUCGGGGUAUCCCAUUAGGUGUUUUCCACUUCGAUUGCUUCUGGAUGAAGUCAUAUCAAUGGUGUGACUUCGAGUUUGAUUCCGAUAUGUUCCCCGAUGCCGGUGGUUAUCUUAAAAGACUUAGGGAUCGUGAUCUCCGGAUCAGUGUAUGGAUCAAUCCAUACGUUGGACAGGCAUCGCCAUUGUUCGAAGAGGGCAAAAAGAAUAGUUACUUCAUCAAGCGCACCGAUGGCUCUGUUUGGCAAUGGGAUUACUGGCAAGCAGGAAUGGCCGUUGUUGACUUUACGAAUCCUGCCGCCUGCACUUGGUUCUCAAACCAUCUCAAACGUCUAAUGGAAAUGGGCGUCGAUUCGUUCAAAACCGACUUCGCCGAACGCAUCCCCUAUAAAAACGUCCAGUAUCACGACGGAUCCGACCCAACCCGCAUGCACAACUACUACACCCUUCUGUUCAACAAAGUUGUCUACGAGACCAUGAUCGACCGGUACGGGAAAUCUAACAGCCUCCUCUUCGCCCGGAGCACCAGCCCUGGCGGCCAAGUCUUCCCAGUCCACUGGGGCGGCGACUGCGAAAGCACCUACGAGGCCAUGGCCGAAUCACUCCGCGGAGGCCUCAGUCUCAUGCUCUCAGGCUACAUCUUCUGGGCCUCAGAUAUCGGUGGUUUUGAAGGUACGCCGCCACCAGCACUCUAUAAGCGCUGGGUCCAAUUCGGUCUUCUUUCCUCACACUCCCGCCUCCACGGAUCCUCUUCAUUCCGAGUCCCCUGGAUCUACGGUGAAGACUGCUCUGAAGUCCUCCGCGUCUGCGUGAAACGCAAGAUUCUCCUCACACCUUACCUCCUCGCCGAAGCCCUAACGGGCUAUGACCAGGGUACCCCGUUGAUGAGACCGAUGUUCCUCGAGUUCCCAGACGAUCUUAACACCUACUCGCAUGAUACGCAGUACAUGUUCGGCAGUAACUUACUGAUUGCUCCUAUUUUCACGGAUGAGGGGACCGUCACUUUCUAUGUGCCCCGGACCCCUGCGGAUUCCCAAGGGAAGUGGAUCUCGUGGUUCGAUUACAACAAGACCUAUGAACCGGGUCAGUGGUACACGGAAACACAUGGAUUCGAUACUCUCCCGAUUCUGGUUAGGCCGGGCUCAGUCACUCCGAUUAAUCCGAAACUGAAAGCGCCGCAAGAUGAUGCGCUAGAUGGGCUUGAAGUCUUGGUUAAUGGGUCCCUAGCGGAUGAAGUGACUGUUCAAAUUGUCGAUCCGAGCAAGACCCAUGAGGUGUUAAAGGUGGUAAAGGUUGCGGUGAAGGGAGAUGAGGUGGUCGCUGAUGAUGCAGGUGUGAAAGUGGUUCAGAUUAGACAUUGAUCUCUUCACUUAGGAUUUGAUCAUGACAGCACUUACAGGGUUCUAGAAUGAUGUUGAUAUAAAAUAUUCAUAGAAACUAGCUAAAAGGCUGCCACAUGUUCACUCAUGUCGAUGGUGA